AUGGAUCACGAGCUCCAAGAGGCAGACGUCCUGUGGCCUCCAAACAACACCGAACACCAUAGCGCCAACGACGACGACAGCACCAGCAACGAAGGCGACGUGGCAAGGGUGUCCUCGCCGGAGUUGUCCGCCCCGGUCGCCGUGCCUCCUCCACGGAAGCGCCGGUCUCGCUCCUGGACGGCAUCCGACCAGCCGUUCACCGACGGUAGCAGCGGUGACGACGGCGACGUCGUAUGCACCAACGACGUGAAGAGGAACGUCCCGCCGCACGUCCUGGCUGAGCGGCGGAGAAGGCUCGCCGGAAGGUCGACGGCGGCGUACUCCAUGUGCGCUGGGAAAGGCAGGACGCUCAAAGGGCGGGACCUCCGGAACAUCAGGAACCUUGUCCUCAGGAUGACCGGAUUCAUCGAGAAAUGAAAGGAUUUAACACCGUGGAUAUAGUAUUACUUGUACCAAUUGUGAACGUCCAUCAAUGGACGUGUGUGAGAGUUUGUGGCAACCUCAAGUUUCAGCAAGAGCUCCGCUCAAGAAAGAAGAAAGGCGUGAGUUGUAAUAACUCUUUGUUUAAUUUAUUGAUUUUAUUUAGUUAUGUUGUAUAGUG